AUCCCGCGAUAUUAGAACCCGUCAAUCCCACUUCAAGGAACAUAAAAUGCCGGGAGAGCAAUUUCACGACGUCCGUACGGGUCGAACGUAUCACCUGCGCAGUUUCUUCGAUAAAUAUGAUACCGCCUAAGAGAACCCCGAAUCCAGAAAUCAAGUACACGAAGAUUUUCAUCGACAAUGAAUUCGUGGACGCAAAAAGUGGAAAGACGUUCGCGACCGUCAAUCCACGCACCGAAAACAAGAUUGCUGACAUAGCGGAAGGUGGCAAGGCUGACAUAGACAAGGCAGUGGCAUCGGCAAAGAAGGCUUUCGCAAGAGGAUCUGCGUGGAGAUCGCUGGAUGCUUCGGCCCGUGGGGCGCUAAUUAACAAGCUGGCUGAUCUUUGGGAAAAAAAUGUCAACGAAUUAGCGAGCUUGGAGUCACUCGAUAACGGUAUGCCGUUUCUCAUGGCUUACGGAAUGAUCCUGAAGGCUGCUCAUCACUUGCGAUACUUUGCUGGCUGGGCUGACAAAAUUCAGGGCUCUACAAUUCCCGCUGAUGGUAACUCGUUCGCCCUGACGAGAAAGGAGCCCGUUGGAGUCGUGGCCCUGAUUACGCCCUGGAACGUCCCAAUCGCAAUGUAUGGAUUUAAACUCGGGCCCGCAUUGGCAACGGGUUGCACAGUGGUACUAAAACCAGCGGAACUCACGCCUCUAUCUGCACUUUUCAUCGCUAGCCUUGUCAAAGAGGCCGGGUUUCCUCCAGGAGUUGUUAACGUUGUGCCAGGUUACGGUGCAACGGCCGGAAGUGCACUCAGCCUGCACCCCGAUGUCGCCAAGAUUUCCUUCACCGGUUCUUCUCUGGUGGGACACACCAUUCUGAAAGCUGCAGGCGAGAGUAAUCUGAAACGUGUUACACUCGAAUUGGGAGGGAAAAGCCCUUUCGUUGUUUUCGACGACGCUGACCUCGAUUUAGCUGUUCAAGAAGCUGCCGUUAUAUUUUCGCAUGGGGGUCAGAUGUGCACCUCGCCAUCGCGCGUAUUCGUCCAAGCUGGAAUUUACGACGAGUUUGUGAAGAAGGCCGUUGCAGUGGCUUCCCAGUUGAGAGAUGGAGACGCCUUCACUCCAGGAUGUUGGCAGGCCCCCCAGAUCGAAUUACGGGCCGUUGAGAAGAUCAUAGGACUGAUCGAAUCGGGGAAGAAAGAUGGGGCAAAAUUACAACUUGGUGGAAAUCGCCGAAACACGAAAGGUUAUUUUAUUGAGCCCACCGUGUUUUCGGAAGUGACUGACGACAUGCGAAUCGCCAAGGAAGAAAUCUUUGGACCGGUGCAGUCGAUCCUGAAGUUCGAGACUUUUGAAGAAGUUGUCAAGAGAUCGAACGACACUACGUACGGAUUAUCAGCUGGCGUCUUCACCAAAAAUAUUGAGACUGCUCUCGAAUACGCAAAAGCGGUCGAAGCCGGCAGCGUGUGGGUGAACCAGUACAAUGCCCUAUGUUCGCAAACACCCUUUGGUGGUUUCAAACAGUCCGGCUUAGGACGCGAGUUGGGUAAAGAAGGGUUGGAUGCCUACCUUGAAACCAAAACCAUUUCGAUUAAAUUGCCAACCAAUCAUUGAGCUAACUUCGAGCUACUUAUCAGGAGUGAUAAAUUUUGUCUGAGUGGCUACUGAGAGUGAGCAUCAACUAAAAUAAUCAAAUUACAAAAAUGUUGUUAAUUAACUGCGUAAAAUACAUGCGUAUUGCUCUCCCAAGAUUAGUUGUCAAUGUAUGUCGAUUGUAUUAGCGACGAAGCGAGUAGAGGAGAAAGAAAAAAAGCAGAAAGG